GGGUUGUAGGUGUGAACACCUGUAACCUGAGUAGUUAUUAAUAAUGUAGGGACCGAUUACAAGUUUACAACCGUGCGGAUUAUUUUGUGCCUCCCUUCUUUAUGAGUCUUUCACUCAUAUUUAUAAUAAUAGAAAAUAUAUACACUUUUCAACACUAUUGUUCAUCUCAAGUCAUCCACCCAGGCAGUCUUCAACCCGGCCAGUCUCCAAGCCAUCCACCCGGACAGUCUUCAAGUCAUCCACCCGGGCAGUCUUCAAGCCAUCCACCCGGGCAAUCUUCAAGCAGGCUAGUCUUCAAGCCUUCUCUGCGAAUGAAGACACAAUUUUACAAGUCUGAGCUUCGACAUCCACCCGGUCAGUCUACCGGGGUUGGUGAGGUCAUGUGGGGUUAGCCUUCGGAUCUCUCGGACGUCAGUGACAUCCACCCAGUCAGUCUACUGGGGUUGGUGACGUCAGGCAGGACCAGACUUCGGUGCCCCGGGCAUUUGUAAACUUGCCGGGUGGUACCAGUGGGUUAUAUCCAUCUAGGAGUCCUCCGAUCCCGACAUUGUGGGUACCAUCAAGGGCGGGAAUCAAAUGUCUGAAUAAUCUUGAAUUUUGAAUUUCCCGGGUAUGGUUGGCGGGAAAGUUUUUAUGAAAAUCUGGUAUGCCGCCGCCUAGUUGUCGCGUCGUUUCUUCUUCCCAGAUUGGGCUGGAGUGGACCACCCAGCUGGUCAGGUCCCAGACGGAUGAGAAGCUCUGGAUGGAUGCCAUGAUGGUUGCCGCCCGAAAGGAUGCAAAGACAGCCCGGUUGGCGUCCGAGAAAAUGAAGGAGAAGCCGGUCGAACAGGCCGAAGCCUACCAGGGUUUCUUCGCUAAGCACGAGGGCUUACUCAAGUCGGGCAAGGAGUCGAAUGAGCAGGCUUAGUGGAAGAUCGCCGAGUUGGAGGAGAAGGUCGGGCGGACGAGCCAGCUGGAGGAGGAGAAUGUCCAGCAAAGUGCUGAGCUGGAGAGGGAGCGCUCCGACAAGGCCGUUCAUGCCGCUGCUUGGGCAGUGUGCAGGAACCAGAGAAGUUUGCUACCCAAGCACUUCCUGACUAGGAGGUCGGCAUCCAGUUCUUCCAAGUGUCCUAGCAACUGGGUUUGGGACCGGUCAGUACCAAAAGCAUCUGGGCUGUACGGGAUCUUGAGGAGCCGGGUGCAGGAUUUUGACCCAGUCGAGUGUUAACGACUUGUCGUGCGGUCCAAAACAAAUUAAAAAUUUGUAAAAUAUCCUUAGCUAACUCCCAAUAUAUAAUCAAAUAAAAACUAUAGCUAGGGCAAAAAAAAAUCAAUCAAAGGCUGAGUCGACUCAUUUCCUUAACCAAGAUAUGGAGGAUUGUCAACUCUCCACAAGGCCCGGAGCCAUGUAAUUCAAGAAUUUUAUAAUGAGACAAAUCAAUAACCACAACUCACCAAUCAAGCAUUAAAAUAUACUUCUACUAUAGAAAAUGUUUAUAAAAGAGCGAAUGUUUUUUCACUCAACUCUCAUACAUAAUCUAUUCACAAACCGCCAAUACCUUAUGCAUUUUAAUAAACUUUUUCUUCUAAUGAAGAGCACAUUUCACAGAUUUCCAUGAACUUCUCAAACCAAUGAUGUUUUUUCUAUUCACAUAAAUGAACACAACAUAUUUUAUCAAGAAUUUUUUUGAGCUUAAACAACCUCAAAUUAAUGAAAACAACAAACAUACGAAAACAUAACAAUCACUCAAUAACGAAUUCUAAGGAAAAUGAAUAACUUAUGCUGCUAAGAAAUCCAAAGUCUUUAAAAUUCAACAAACACAAAGCACAACAAAGAAUCACGUAUGAAUCCGGAGUUCAUUUAACUACAUUAUGGAGCUAAAAUAGCUUCAACAAAAACCAAAUUCUACAUACCAACCUACUUAUGAAAUCAAAUUGCUCAAUAAUUGAAGAAAACUAGUUUGAAUCAAUUCUCAUUCAUAAG